CUAAGUUUGCUGGGCUGACAGGAGUUCUAGAGCUCAUGCAGAGAGAGAUGACAUGACACAUUUAUCCAGCAGACCUUUGCUGGGCACCCACUGAGGGCCAGCCUAGGUGCCAUGUACAGGCAGGAGCAUCCUGCCUUCAGAACAGCUGUUUCCACCCGAGCCUCGGAACUGUUAGAAUCUGCCCAAGCCCUGGGGAGCAUCUCCUCUGAGCUGGACAUCCCCGGGCCACUGAUUGUGCCCCCUCACACCCAGUAUUUUAUUAUGAAGAUUUUUAAACAUAGAAGCUGAAAGAACUGCAUUGAACACAUGUAUACCCACAACUGACUUUACAAUUAUUGUUAUAUUUGCUUGAUCACAUUUCUAUUCCUCCAUCCCUCUGUUCAACCAUUAACUCAUCUUAUUUUUUGAAGUUUGGAGUCCCUUGGUGCCCCCACACCCCCUAGGAGCCCAGCCAACUUACCCACUGCAGCUUUGCACGCAGGGCUGUCUUCUCUUCCUCAGUGCAGGCUCAGCCUUGAACUCUAUAACAGAUGGGCUGUGGACACCAAGAGCUUGCCCACAGGAGCCCGAAGGCCUGGAGGCUGUCAGAGAUUUGGUGGCUGUCACCCUUGCAUCCAUAACCUCCAUUCAGGGUCAGCCAGUCACCAAGGGCUCACACCUUACCCUCCUCUCAGGGUCCCUCUCAGGUGUCCUCUCAUCAGUAAGUGUGGGCUUCAGAGCUAGAUGAAAUUUUGGGUCCAGACACACUGUGCUGGUAGGAGAGAUACCAUCUCUCUAGGAAAACUGACUCCUGUUCCAGGUUGGUGAGAAAUCACUGAAAUGCUGUUAGGAUUUGGGACCUGCUGGAACCCCCGUCCUGGCUGCAUGGCCUUGGCCCUCCACAGCAGAGCUGGCACAGCUGGACAUUCCUUCCACCCAUCAGAAACACCCCUGGGCGCUGAGUAGGCUUCUAUGAGUCUGGUGCCCCAGCCAGCCCUGAGACACUUCCCUGAUCCCAGCCACCAGGCAGUCCACACAAGUCCUUGCUACUUAGCACAUACUUAGGGAUGUGAGGUGGUUCAAGGAGCCAAUCAGAGACCAGGUUUUGGGGGAGUGGAGAUGAGAACCUCACACCUGGGCUCUGUCUGAUAAAGCCCAGGCCUGGGUCCAGGACCUUGGCCUAGAGGAUCUCCUCCUGACCAAGGCCUCAGGCCUGGGACUUUUGCCCAAGGACAAAGAGAACCAUAAAAGCAAGGCUCAGCUCUUAGCCUCAUGCCUGCCACAAUGCUGCUGCUCAGUCUGACCCUUAGCCUGGUCCUCCUCGGCUCCUCCUGGGGCUGCGGCAUUCCUGCCAUCAAGCCAGUCCUGAGCUUCAGCCAGAGGAUUGUCAACGGGGAGAAUGCAGUGCCCGGCUCUUGGCCCUGGCAGGUGUCCCUGCAGGACAAAAGUGGCUUCCACUUCUGUGGUGGUUCCCUCAUCAGCCAGUCCUGGGUGGUCACUGCUGCCCACUGCAAUGUCAUCCCUGGCCGCCACGUUGUUGUCCUGGGCGAGUACGACCGAUCAUCCAAUGCUGAGCCUUUGCAGGUUCUGUCCAUCUCAAAGGCCAUCACGUACCCUUCCUGGAACCCCACCACCUUAAACAAUGACCUGACGCUACUAAAGCUCGCCUCCCCAGCCCGGUACACACAACGCAUCUCACCAGUCUGCCUGGCUUCCCCAGAUGAGGAGCUGCCUGCAGGCCUCAAGUGUGCCACCACUGGCUGGGGACGCCUCAGCGGCGUGGGCAAUGUGACCCCAGCACGUCUACAGCAGGUGGCUCUGCCUCUGGUCACCGUGAAUGAGUGCAGGCAGUACUGGGGUUCACGUAUCACUGAUGCCAUGAUCUGUGCAGGUGGCUCAGGGGCCUCCUCAUGCCAGGGAGACUCUGGAGGCCCUCUUGUCUGCCAGAAGGGGAACACAUGGGUGCUUAUUGGCAUUGUCUCCUGGGGCACCACCAAUUGCAAUGUGCGCCAACCUGCCAUAUACACUCGGGUUAGUAAGUUCAGCACCUGGAUCAGCCAGGUCAUAGCCUACAACUGAGCCUACCACAGGCCCUCUCCCCAUCUCAAUCCAAUAAAGACUCCAUGCUCUGUC